AUGGAUGGCUGGAUUGGUCAGUUAGUUGCCGUUUAUAAUUGGAAAAUACAAUACCCUCGAGGAUUGUUGAUAAGUGGUGAUAAGGAAAUUGACAUUGACAAUGAACGAUUACAAUUACAAUUGCAAUAUUUGGAGAAUCAACGGCCUGGAAUUGAUAAAAGCGAAAUUUCAGGAAAUUUUCGUCGAGCAACGUCUUGUUCGCGUGCAAAAAUGAAAAUCGGUCAUGAACGUUCACGAGCGAAAAGCAAAGAUAGACGAAAGGCUUGGCGAUAG